UGCCCAUCGAAUCUGGGUCUUUGAAACGCCUCGCGCCGACACUGCUUUCAAUUCAAUACACCUCCAAGACCUGGCCUAGCCGACCGUUCUAAAAAGAAAAAGAAAAGUCCUAGUCCAUCCAGCUCCAAAGCGCGCUGAGCGCUUGCAGCUUCCUCUGCAACUCGUUCCCAACGCCCAGAAAUUAUCCAAGAUGCCGAAAUUCUUCUGCGAUUACUGCGAUGUCUAUCUGACGCACGACUCGAUGAGCGUGCGCAAGGCGCACAAUGCAGGGCGAAACCACUUAAGAAAUGUGAUUGAAUACUAUCAACAGAUCGGUCAGGAGAAAGCACAGCUGGUCAUCGACUCGAUUACCUCGUCCUACGCUGCUGAAGGGCAGGCUGUGCCGAAUCCAGCCAUCCACGGUGCUCCAGGGUUCCCUCCGCCGUUCGGAUUCCCAGGUCGUCCUGGCCAACUGCCCCCUCCACCCUUCAUGCCAGGCGGACAAGGUAUUCCUCCUCCAGGAAUGGUACCUCCCCCCGGAGGCCGUGGUCUCCCCUUCCCACCUCCCCCGUUCCCUCCCGCGGCUGGCGCCCCCGCGGCCGGCGGCCUCCCACCACCCCCAUUUCCAAACAUGGGCCCCCCAGGCAGCCAGGGGGCCUUCCCCCCGCCUCCGCCCGGCGGGUUCCCUCCCAACUUCCAGAUCCCGCCGCCCGGCGCGCCAGGGUUCCCCCCUGUCCCCGGUGCGGGAGGGAUGCCCGCUGGACCGCCUGGUUCCGAGGGGUUCGUGCCUGGUGGGCCUCCGGGUAUGAAUGAUCGGAGGUAGACUUUUGUUUUUUUUUUUUUUU